AUGGCUAAUCAUAACGACCAGGCCUCUACAAACUACAAGGAAGCGUUCUCACUCUUCGACCGUCGCGGCACGGGUCGCGUCUCCGGUGAUCUCCUCGGUGACUUGCUUCGCGCCUGUGGCCAGAAUCCCACUCUCGCUGAGAUCGGCGACUUGGAGAAGUCCGUUGGUGGUGACUUCGACUUCGACUCCUUCCUCAAAGUCCUCAACCGCCCCGGUGGUUUCCGUGAGCCCGGCGAGCCCGAAGAAUACUGUCGCGGAUUCCAGGUAUUCGAUAAGGAUAUGACGGGCUUUAUUGGUGUCGGUCAAUUGCGAUACAUCCUGACGAAUCUCGGCGAGAAGAUGUCCGACGAUGAGGUCGAUGAGUUGCUCAAGGCUGUUGAUACCAGCUCCGGCGAGAUCAACUAUACUGAUCUCGUUCGCACCAUCCUCGCCAACUGA